GGUAACUUCUAGACUUACAGUGAGCUGCAAAAGCUCAUCACUAAGGGAGCUGCUUUCUAACGCUUAAGAAAUGUUCAACAAGUGAAGCAACAAACGUACUGGAUGCAAAAUUAGCCUUUCCAUGUUUUUUUAUUUUAAUUUUAUUAGAAGGGUAAUUAUAACAAUUGCAGUUUUUUGCAUACAGAUAGCUGUGACUAGUUUCUGAGUUUGAAUUGUAUUUAAAGACUGACUAUCAAAAGCUGAAAGAAAACAAGUUGUUUAAUUGGAAUUACAACCAAGGAGUUUUUUUUUUCCCAUUUGGAAUAUCUAUCUAUAACUAUUCAUAUUUUUGAAAUUUUUUGCAAACCUUUUUUUGCUGAUUUUCUAUUCUGAGAUUAUUACAGAAGUGGAUCUGAGAGAAAGAUAGACAAGGGAGGAAGCUUGCCAUGGAGGUGAACCCCAUCCCUGUGAUAACGGUCCAGACCGUCCCUUAUGAUGACCAGAAACCUGGGAGCAAUGGCUUCAGGAAACCCACUGCAGUAUUUGAGAGCAAGAGGAACUAUCUUCAGAACUUCAUUCAGUGUGUGCUCUCCUCUAUAGAUCUGCGGGACCGGCAGGGAUGCACCAUGGUGGUAGGGAGUGAUGGCCGGUACUUUAGCAGGACAGCUAUUGAGGUCAUUGUGCAGAUGGCAGCAGCCAAUGGGAUUGGACGAUUGGUUAUUGGUCAGAAUGGACUACUCUCUACACCAGCUGUUUCAUGCAUCAUUAGGAAGAUCAAAGCCAUUGGCGGAAUAGUUUUAACUGCGAGUCACAAUCCUGGAGGACCUGGUGGAGACUUUGGGAUCAAAUUCAAUGUUGCUAAUGGAGGCCCUGCUCCAGAUACGGUUACAGACAAAAUUUUCCAGAUAAGUAAAACUAUUGAAGAAUAUGCCAUUUGCCCAGACCUCCGAAUUGACCUCUCAAGAGUUGGAAGGCAAGAGUUUGACCUUGAGAACAAGUUUAAACCAUUUCGAGUUGAAAUAGUGGACUCUGUGGAUGUUUAUCUCAAUCUGCUUAGAACAAUCUUUGAUUUCAGUACUAUAAAGGGUUUGCUGACUGGACCUGAACAGCUGAAAAUAAGGAUUGAUGCAAUGAAUGGAGUUAUGGGACCUUACGUGAGGCGUAUUCUAUGUGACGAGUUGGGAGCACCUGCCAAUUCUGCUGUUAACUGUGUACCCCUGGAAGAUUUUGGGGGUCAACGUCCUGAUCCUAAUCUGACAUAUGCCACUGGGCUCUUGGAGGCAAUGAAGGGAGGGGAGCAUGGUUUUGGAGCUGCGUUUGAUGCAGAUGGGGACCGGUACAUGAUUCUUGGAGAAAAUGGCUUCUUUGUAAACCCUUCGGACUCAUUAGCAGUAAUUGCGGCCAAUCUCUCCAGCAUCCCUUAUUUCCGUCAAAUGGGAGUUCGAGGUUUUGGUAGGAGCAUGCCCACAAGCACAGCCAUAGACAGAGUAGCAAAAUUUAUGAAAGUUCCUGUUUAUGAAACACCAACUGGUUGGAAAUUUUUUGCAAAUCUAAUGGACUCUGGCCGGUGUUCCCUUUGUGGAGAGGAAAGCUUUGGCACAGGAUCUGAUCAUCUCAGAGAGAAGGAUGGCCUUUGGGCUGUUUUAGUUUGGCUUUCAAUUAUAGCAGCUCGAAAACAAGGAGUAGAAGACAUUGUUCGAGAUCACUGGACUAAAUUUGGGCGUCAUUAUUACUGCAGAUUUGAUUAUGAUGGGCUGGAGCCCAGAACAGCCUUUUUCAUAAUGAAAGAUCUCGAGACCACGAUAACAGAUAAAUCAUUUAGCAGUCAACAGUUUGCUGUUGGAAGUCAUGUGUACAGUGUGGAAAAAACAGACAGCUUUGAAUAUGUGGACCCAGUGGAUGGAACAGUGACAAAGAAACAGGGUCUCCGGAUUAUAUUUGGAGAUGGAGCAAGAUUAAUUUUUAGACUCAGCGCCUCUGGCACCAUGGGAACAACUUUACGCAUCUAUGCAGAAAGCUAUGAGAAAGAUCCUAGCAAACACAAUAAGGAGCCACAGGCUGUUCUGGGACCUCUCAUAGCCAUCGCAUUGAAGCUUUCUCAGAUCCAUGAGAGGACUGGUCGAAAGGGGCCUACUGUUAUCACCUGAACUCAUCAUGCACAAUUCACCAUGGGCCAAAGUCGAGUGUGUCAGAGAGACAGAUUAUUUUCCUUUACCUAGCUAAUGCCUUAUCUUUGCUGUAUAUGCUUAGAACUGUUUUGUUUUUUCUUUUUGUUUUUUAACAAAGUAAAAAGAUAAACUGUGUUAUGUGCUAAUCUUAUAUAAUGUAUCUGUAAUCACCAAGAACAAGUUGAUAUUUACUUUCUGUCAGUAAUUUUCUGUUCUUGUUUGGUCACACUUCCUAAUUAAUAUGUAUUGCUCUAAAAUAUAUUAUAUGAUUGUGUGCUGUCCUGUACUAAGCAAUUGUUUCAUCACAUUUAUUAAUUUAUACAACGUGAGAAGCUUCAAACACUAUGCAAAACAAGGGAUUUCAAACAAAUGGUAGAAAUAGACACUAAUUUGGUUUAUAUAUACAUGCACAAUAUUUAUCCAUUGCCACUGGAUUGCACCUUGGGGCUUAUUCACUAAACAUCAUAUUUUCAUAUUAACUGAAAAUAGAUUUACAAAAUUUGGGGGGGGGGGGGGGGGGACUUUGCUGUAGUCACAGCUUGGCGAUUUUAGCCUAAAUUUUGCAUUUCGAUUUUCAAUUCACUACAACUCAUUGUUUACUUAAUAAACUCAACUGUAUUAUG